UCCUCAAGCAGACACGGAAGUUGGUUACGUCAGCUAACCGGUGUUGUUGAAAUGUGAUUCAUUUGAGUUCACGUAAAACUUGGGUUUUUUAAACGCGUUUUUCCACUGUCGGUUCAAGAAGAACACUGUCUAAACACCGAUUCAAAGCAAAAAGAUCCGAACAUGGUACUUCCGUUUGUGUACACUCAGCAGGACUUCAUCACUGAUGUGUGUCGGAGCGGAGACAAGCUGGCAACGCCACUGACGGCGUUUGACUCAGCCAUGCGGGCCGGCUGGACUGACAGGAUGGAGAAAGGUCUCUUCCGCUACCAUCUUAGGGGUUUAGAAACCCGAAUACUGCCAGGUCAGCACGGCUUUGUGGCUCAGCUGAAUGUUAAACGAGGAACGGAGAGAAGAAAGCCUCAGGAGAUAUUAAGCAUUAAGCAGGAGUUUAAUGGCAAACAGUUCAACUUUAACAAAAUCAAUCCAGAUGAAGUUCUAUUUGAAAUGGUGAAGGGCAGAGAUGGAGGCACAGCUUCACCUCCACCCUCUAAGAUGGUUGUCCUGGUCAAUGUGAGUCCGCUGGAGUUUGGACACUGUCUGUUUGUUCUUGAUCCCUUGCGGUGUUUUCCACAAAUCCUGAUAAAGUCAGCAAUCCAGAUCAGCAUCGAGUCUGUUCUCCUGAGCUCAGACCCCGGCUUCCGUGUUGGGUUCAACAGUCUUGGGGCGUUUGCGUCUGUCAACCAUUUACACCUUCAUGGAUAUUAUCUUGACCACGAGCUGAAGAUCGAAUCCAUCCCGGUGGAGCCUUUAGUUCCAGAAAAGGGACUUUAUCUUUCCAGAGAAUUCCCUGGGGGAUUUGUGUUUUACGCAGAAGCAGACACGGUGGAGACAGUCGCAGAAGUGGUUUGUCAAGUCACAGAUUUUCUCGUGGACGACAACAUCGCUCACAACCUGUUCUUGACCAGAGGAUGUCCGCCCUACGGAUGUGCUCAGAGCAACGAGGACCGCCGCCUACGAAGCGGUGUGCGGAUCGUCGUCUGGCCCAGAGUCGCCUGCUUUGGUGCCAAAGAAGAGUCGGCCUUCAACGUAGCUCUCUGUGAGCUGGCUGGACACUUACCAUUCAAAAACAAAGACGACUUUGAGCGCUCAACUGAAAAGGACGUUGUUGAGAUAAUACAGAGGUACCUUCUACCUCAGAGUACACUCAGGAAGUUGGAGCAGCAGCUUAUUAAUCACCUGAGACACUGACACAAAACAUCCAUCUAUCUGUAAAAUUUCCUUCUCAAUCAUAAGUCUAAAAACUGUUUCCAUAUAUUUAUUUUUUUGCUGUUUGUAAAGUUUAUUUAAGUGCAUUUAAAUCAAGAAAAAAAGCACUAUCUCAACAUUAUACAUGUUAGAUAUCUCAACAUUAUAUAACGACACAGGUAAUUCAUUAAGGUCCUGUGUUGAUUACAUAUAUAAUUUAUUAUUUUUUGAAUGGGAUCCAGAUUAAAUUAAGUCUAUAUCUUUAUCCUAAAUUAGUUUAUUUGGGGUUUGGUUUAUGUUUUGAUUAAAUUUCCCUUGCUGCAAAUUAAAAUAUUCCUAAAAACA